CUGGCACAACUAUUUUGCAGCGGCUCUGUGCGGAGUUUAGCACGGCCCAUUACAAUUCUGAUUGGUUUAUAGAAAUGCCAAUAAACCAGAGCACGUUUUCCUCCCAUCCCCGAAAGCUAUGUGAAGUAACCAGACCCUCCUUCAGCCCACUUUGGAGGAGGGUCUGGUAAAGCAAGAAUAUGUAAAUACUAACUUUUUAUCAGCCUGCUUAAAUCAAUAUCACAAGGGCCAUGAUGAACAGAACUACCGUUGACUAAACAUAGCCUACUGUUACACUGUAAACAAAAAUGUUAUCAAUAGAUGGAUUCAAAAUGGUAUACAUUAUCUCAGUAUCUUGAAUAGCUAUACUAUAGUUUAUUUGUUAUAUCAAAUAUUACAAAAGUGAAUUGGCUGUAUAUUUGUACCUGUAUACAUCUGCAUUUGAACAGUAAAUAUGCCUAAACUCAAACUUGGGUUUCAACUUAUCGUUUUAUUGAUGUCAGUGUAAAAGUAAAAAUUCAGUAAACCAACAAAAAAAAUUUAACUUUUUAAUUAUAUUCAGAUGCAUUUGCGUAGGUAGACAAGUUAUGGUCCACAGAAAUCUUGAAUGGGUAUUUCCUCUGAAUCUGUUAGCACUAGAAGAAAGAAAGGAAUAUGCUCUAAAUGCUUAUGUGCAUUUCCUUAAUAUGUGCAAAUUUAGCAUGCGUCAUUCCUGCCUAAAACAUCAAUAUUGUAUUCCUGCCAGGUAAAGGUUCUCUAUUUUUCUUUUAAUUUACAUCAAGCUAUCUGAGUUAGACACAUUAUUGAUAAAGUAUGGAUUAUGUAGUGCUACAUUGUGGUUUUUACAUUGGUUUCAAUAGUAUUCACUGAGGAAUAUAAAUGAAUGUUCACACAUAUAGCAUACUGGAAUCUUUUGUCUUAGUACAUCCAUGACGUCAAUCUCAAUUUAUUUGGCCUAAUUUAGCCUGAAAGGCUGCUGGCUAGAGUUACCUGUGUGAAAGUGACACCUGCAGCUCAUGAUCACAUGGUCAUGUGAGACACCACAGAUAGCUUCUGGAGAAGUCCACUGCUACAGUGUAUAUACCAGCCUUGCUUGAUUCUUGCUCAUUAGCAAAAGGCCCCACUUCAAUACCACCGUGGAUCAAUUCAAACCAGCUUCCAGUAGAUUUACAGGGAUUAUUCUACACAAAAAGGAGCAUCAUCAUCGUGCUUUCACUCCACAACCUUUGGGACGGUUAUUUGAUUUAGUCUUAUCAUGACUGUAAAGCAUAUCUCAGUGGAUUACAACAAGGUGAAUGAACGAGGCACCUUCUCUCCCGGGGAUAUCCUGUCUGGCAGGGUGACAGUAGUGACCAGCAAGGAAACCAAAGUGCAGUGUCUUUUGGUCAAAGCCAAAGGAAAAUCUAAGGUGACAUGGCAUCAACAAGAAGGACAGGCCACAGGGAUGCACAGUGACAAGAAGAUAUACUUUCAUUUUGAACAUAUUAUUCUUCAGGAUAAGAACAAAGGAGAUGGUUCAGAAAUCCUCCGCCCUGGGAGAAGUGUGUAUCCAUUCACCUUUGUGAUUCCAAAUACAGAUAUGCCUUCAUCUUACCAGGGGAAAUGGGGCAAAAUUACAUACAGUUUGCGAGCACAGCUGACUCAGUCAAUCUGGCUUGUCCACAAAACCAAGACGGAGUUCCCUUUUCUGACCAAGUUCCCCUUUGCCUCCAAAUCAGAAAUGAUAAUCAUUGGACUUAAGGAGCAACAAUAUGCAACCAGGAUUUCAUUUUAUGGCUCUGCAAAGGUUACGAUCAAUGUUAGCUCAGAAAAAAUGGGAGUAAAGCAAGGUGAUGCGAUAGGAGUCUCUGUAGAGGUACUCAACGACUCUGCACGCAUAGUAACACCCAAGUUCUACCUGUGUGAAAAGCAGACCUUUGUUGCUCAGUCAAAGAGGAUCGUUCACACAAAUGAUGUACUCUUUGGUACAGGAGACUCUGUUCCCGCUGAGACCAGUCAGACCAUAACCAAAGUUCUGAGUAUCCCUCCACAGCUCCACACUACCUUCUUCAACUGCUGCAUGAUGAAGCUCGAGUACGGACUCAAGGUCACUCUUGAUGUCCCUCUGGCAAGAGACUCAGAGAUCAAACUUCCUCUGGUCAUUCUGUUGGGUUCGCCAAAACCACAUCAACAAAAACCAAAGAGAUCCAUCUGGUUUAGAAAGCUUCCUGCUUAAAAAAAAAAAAAAUGCAUUAGCUCCAGAGACAGUGGUGUGCAUGUGCUAUGACAAGGAGCAGCAGGACUCAGAAUAACUGUUCAAUAUAGCAACAUUUAAAUAAGUUUAAACUACCUCAAGCGCCUGAGAAUUCACUGUAUGUUCUCUUGUCCACUAGAUGGAGAUGUGUGUCACUAAGUAGUAACAGUUGAUUCUUUUGAGUGUUCAGUAUGUACUUAAUAAAUCCAACUACUCA